GGAAGCCACUGAUUGACUUGGUAGCAGCUGGUGGGUGGUAAAGGCAGCCAAUUCAAAAGAAAAUAUUGAAAAGGCAAAAUGAUAUUUCUUAUUACUUUGUAGUAUGAUUCAGAUUAUACUGAAGUAUUCAAAGUGGCACUGUCUCUAUUCAAAACAAAAGCUAUACAGAGUGAUGAUGUGAGAUGGUAAACGUUCUUAUUGUAGACUGGCCCAAAGUAGGGUUUAUUCACAAUUAACAGCGAGAACAGAUGGCUAAUGGGUUUCAAUCCAUGCCUGAAAACAGUGGGGUAUUUUCUGUGCAUAAACCCAAUGUCAUGGCUGGAUGCCCAACACAAUAUGUGGUGAAGAAAAAGAGAUCUGCAGGUGAAGACAAGGUCGAGUUACAGAAUGACACAGACAACUGGAGAGAGAAAACUGACAAGUCCAAACAGUCAGCAUCAGACUGAAUUUGGGGAAACCAGGAUGUGAAAGUCAGAAAAAGGAGCAAACAGAGCACAAGAAGCUGUGGCAGCACAAUGAAAAGCUGCAUCAGUUACAAGAUAAAACAGCAGGAGAAAGAGCAGCCAUAACAACAAAAUACCCUUGACAAGUGGGAACACAUUUAAGAAGAAAUGUCUAUUCAUUCCUUUUGCAUCUGGAGUAUUUUUACCAUAUCACUAAUCUCUGUUAUACACUCUGAAGGCGUUUGAGGAUUGAAGACUGUAAGACAUAUUCUUCUCUGAAUGUCCUUGGUCUAAAGCAGAUGUACCAGAUCUUUUGGAUGAGUGUAAGGAUAAAAAGACUGAAGAAGUCCUGAAGAUUGAUGGAGGGCCAUGCUAUUCAAACAGCAGGUGUUGCUGAAACAGAAGCUCCUUGUGUUAGGCAGCCUUGCUAUUGGAAGUCUCCUAUAUCUAGUUGCCAGAGUUGGGAGCUUGGAUAGACUGCAACCCAUUUGCCCAAUUGAUGGUCGAUUUGGACUCCGUGGCCAAGAUGAAAUUCCACUCCGAGCUCUACAGUAUAAGCGUGGGUUGUUACAUGAGUUCCGGAAAGGCAAUGCCAGCAAGGAGCAAAUCCGACUUCACAGUUUGGUCCAACAGAUCCCCAAGGCCAUAAUAAUUGGGGUGAGGAAAGGAGGAACCCGAGCGCUACUUGAAAUGCUCAAUCUUCACCCGGCAGUGGUCAAAGCUUCUCAAGAAAUCCACUUCUUUGAUAACGAUGAGAACUAUGCCAAGGGCAUUGAGUGGUACAGGAAAAAAAUGCCAUUUUCUUAUCCUCAUCAAAUAACAAUCGAGAAAAGUCCUGCAUACUUUAUCACUGAGGAGGUACCUGAAAGGAUUUAUAAAAUGAACUCAUCCAUCAAAUUACUGAUCAUUGUCAGGGAACCCACAACAAGAGCUAUUUCUGACUACACUCAGGUGCUGGAGGGGAAAGAAAGAAAGAAUAAAACCUACUACAAAUUUGAGAAGCUGUCGAUUGAUCCUAAUACCUGUGAAGUGAACACUAAAUACAAGGCAGUAAGAACCAGCAUCUACACCAAACAUCUGGAGAGGUGGUUAAAGUACUUUCCCAUAGAGCAGUUUCACAUUGUCGAUGGCGAUCGUCUCAUUACGGAACCGCUGCCAGAACUCCAGCUGGUAGAGAAGUUCUUAAAUCUUCCUCCAAGGAUAAGUCAAUAUAAUUUAUAUUUCAAUGCCACCAGAGGGUUUUACUGCUUGCGAUUUAACAUUGUCUUUAACAAGUGCCUGGCAGGAAGCAAGGGACGUAUCCAUCCAGAGGUCGACUCCUCUGUCAUUACCAAAUUGCGCAAAUUUUUUCACCCUUUUAAUCAGAAAUUUUACCAGAUCACAGGGAGGACAUUUAACUGGCCCUAAAAUAAAUUUCAUACAACACUGUGUGUUGCACCCAGAGAUAUGCAACCGUGUCUCUAUUAGAGUAAAAAAAAUGCACUUUUUGUAUACACAGCUAUCAAACUAAUCCUUUUUUUCAUGCAUACGUGUACAUAUGCAGUGUGUGACCAAAUAUAAGGUGGGAUCAAUUUUUCUACAGAGCAGUGAAUAACAUAAAGCUUACUCUCUGUAUAAUUGCAUCAUUUUAUGAUAUACAAUUCAAUGAGAAGUCAUUUAAAGAAAUUAAUUCAGCUAUUCCAUUCAAAGGGUCAGUACUUUAUUUGUUCAACAAAACUUAAUACCAAACAAAUCUAGAGGAGAGGUGGAUUACUUUACAAGUCGUUACAUAAUCUGGUCUAGGAAGGUCUACAAUAGGCUGUUACAGAUACAUAUUGCUAAAAGAAUACUGACCUUUGAAAGGUGUAAAUCUGUGCUUCAGACUUAUAUUGGUUUAACCAUUGCUUUCCAUAAGAAUCCUAGGAUGAGUACUUCUGUGACUGGAUGGGUGGGGAGUGCCAGGGUUCUCUGAUUCUCACCUGCAUUUCCAGGUUUGUUUGGGGUUUUUUGGAAAACAUGCUCAUUGACUAAUAAAAAACAAAAACAAUAUAAGUUUGCGGUGUAAAGAUAUACCCUGUGUGAUGCUGAUUUCUUUUGGAAGUCUUUCCUAUUGUUUGAAAGGAAAUUCUCUCAUAUGCUCAACAUUGUUUCAAAUUACCCGUGGUGAGUUUGCACUAUUGUUUUUAAUUAUUAUUAUUGUUAUUAUUAUUGUAUGGAUCAUCUUGGCACUUGUAGCAUGUCAAUCAUGUGUCGAAAAAGAAGUAUCUUUUUCCCCCUUCUAUGCUUGUAUGUUGACAAAGAGAAACCUGCUGUAUAUAAUGUAUAUUGUUUGUAAAUACUGGUUUCACACUAAGUAAUUCUAUUUUGUAAACUGAAUAUGGCUAUUUAAUUUAUUGUGAAAAUUAAAUUUAUUGUGGUAUUUAAAAUGGAAUGGAUUAAAAUUGCUAUAUGUGCAAAUGUU